AUGAACAUAUUAUUACUGUCAAAUUUAGGUCAAAUAGAUGAUUGCAGUUGUAAUGUAGACACAGUUGAUUAUUUCAAUAAUGUUAAAAUUUAUCCCAGACUUCAAUCCCUUUUGGUAAAAGAUUAUUUUAGAUUUUAUAAGGUCAAUUUAAAAUCACCCUGUCCUUUUUGGUCUGAUGACAGUAGAUGUUCAAUAAGAUUUUGUCAUGUUAAGCCUUGUUCCGAGCAAGAUAUUCCAGUAGGAAUAAAAAGUUACAAUGAGAACACAUUACUUCAAAUUGAAAAUCCAUCUUACAAGUAUUCAUCAAUUGCUCAGGAAUCUGAUUGUAAUUCUGACAUUGAUAAUGAACUUGGAUAUUUAAAUAAAACUAUCAGUGCAGCAUCAUAUGAAGGAUUUCAGCUUUGGAAAGCUUAUGAUGAUGUUCAAGAUAAUUUUUGUGUCAAUUACGAUGAAAGCGAGGAAUCAGAAUAUGUGGAUUUGACAUUAAAUCCUGAAAGAUAUACAGGUUACAAGGGAAGAUCUGCUCACAGGAUUUGGCACUCCAUUUACAAAGAAAAUUGUUUUAGAACAGAAAAUAGUUAUGGAGCUUACAUUCAAUCCUCAAAAUUAGAAGGCUUAUGUUUAGAGAAAAGAGUAUUCUAUAGAGUGAUAUCUGGUUUGCACACAAGUAUAAACAUUCACUUAUCAUCGAAAUAUUUGUUAUCAGAAAAAAAUACUUUUGGAAAUCCCCAGGGAGUUUGGGGUAUAAAUGUAGAAGAAUUCAAUCGUAGAUUCAGUCCUGAAUUAACAAAUGGCGAAGGACCGCAAUGGUUAAAAAAUUUAUACUUUGUAUAUUUGUUAGAAUUAAGAGCCAUAGCAAAAGCUUCUGAUUAUUUGAAAAAAGAAGAAUAUUAUACUGGCAAUGAAGAAGAAGAUUUAGAGGUUAAAAAUGCUGUGGCUGAUAUACUUAAAGUGGUUCGAACUUUUCCCCAACAUUUCAAUGAAACAUCCAUGUUUAACGGAGGAAAACAAGCGAUUUCUUUAAAAGAAGAUUUUAAGCAGCAUUUUAGAAAUAUAUCAAGAAUCAUGGAUUGUGUCGGUUGUGACAAGUGCAAACUGUGGGGAAAGUUACAAAUUCACGGCCUUGGAACCGCUUUAAAAAUUUUAUUUUCUGGAAAAUUUGAAAAAGAAAAUUUACAAAGUUUUAAACCUAAUUUGAAAUUAAAAAGAAACGAAAUAGUCGCCUUAUUCAAUUCAUUCGGAAGAUUAUCUACUAGUAUAUUUGAGGUCGACGAAUUCAGGAGAGUGAUAAGGUGA